UCCUGCCAAACAAUUAGGGUUUGUUCUCAUAGUUUUGGGAGGAACGGAAGUGAUGGGAGAGGAAAGGGGAUUGUGUAUGUCUGAACUGGGAAUCAGAAAAUAAAGGGGUUUUCUAACUUUUUUUGUCCUGUUGCUCUUUCCUUCCUUUGUCUGUAAACAGAUUUUCUAGAGAGAGAGAGAGAGAGAGAGACAAGGGAGAUUUCUAGAGAGAGAGAGAGUCAUGCAUGGGCGUUGACAAAGGAAACAGCUUUUUCUUCUGUUUCUACUUGGAAUGCAAUUCUUACUUUUUCAGUCUUUAGCUCAAUCUGGCAAUUUCUUGGGUAAAAGGUCAAUGAUUUAGAAUAAAAAACUCAUUAGCAGCAUACCCUUGUGAAAGUGAUAGUGACUACUUAUUUUCUAGGCUAUAACCUGCAGAGCCAGCUUAGAGAGAGAGAAAGAGAAAGAGAGUCAACUAGUCAACAAAUUCAGAGAAGCUUUAGGGUCUGUAGAGUCUAAAGGGUUUCAAAUUUUCAAUAUUUUCAGUCAGUUUUUUCCACAAAUUUUAAUGAGUUUGGGAGGUUUGAUCAGUAGCAGCGGGGGUGGAAAUAGUGGACGUGGGAGAGGAAGAGUUGUGGCUGAAAUUGCUCCACAUGCCCCUUCCUUCAUGCCUAGUGGCACCAUUGCACACGCACACUUUCUCUCUUCCCCAAUCCCCAAUCCCAGGCAGACUUCCUCCUCUGCCCUCUCUCUCUCCAUUCAGAAGAUGGACGGUCACGGUGAACUUGGUUUCGCCGAGAAUUUCGACCCCGGGAUCAUCGGAAGGCUGAGGGAUGAUGAGUACGAGAGCAAGUCGGGGAGUGAUAACUUUGAGGGCGCAUCUGGGGAUGAUCAGGACGGCGGCGGAGGCGACCAACGGCCGAGGAAGAAGAAGUACCUUAGGCACACUCCUGACCAAAUCCAAGAACUUGAAAAUUUUUUCAAAGAGUGUCCUCAUCCGGAUGAGAAGCAAAGGUCGGAGCUCGGCCGCCGUCUCGGCUUAGAGUCGAAGCAAGUCAAGUUCUGGUUUCAAAACAGAAGAACUCAUAUGAAGACACAACUCGAACGCCACGAGAAUAUAAUUCUCAGGCAAGAGAAUGACAAGCUGAUAGCUGAGAAUGGUGUGAUGAAGGAUGCUAUUUCAAACCCAGUUUGCAACAAUUGUGGUGGUCCGGCCAUUCCUGGUCAAAUAUCGUUUGAUGAACACCAGCUUAGGAUUGAGAAUGCUCGAUUGAAGGAAGAACUGAACCGGAUAUGUGCUCUGGCGAACAAGUUGCCCAUCUCCUCCUUGGGCAUUCCUGGCUCUAUUCCGAAUGCAACCUCUGGUUUGGAACUUGGGGUUGGAAGGAAUGGGAUGGAUGGUAUGAAUGCUGUAAGCGCUGGGUUGCCAAUGGGGCUUGAUUUAGGAGAUGGGGUUUCAAGCUCUUCCCUUAUGAUCCCUCUCGUUAAGACCUCAUCAGGCAUGAUGGGGAAUGAGGUACCAUUUGAGAGAUCUAUGUACAUAGAUCUUGCAUUGGCAGCUAUGGAUGAAUUGGUGAAGAUGGUUCAGGUGGAUAGCCCCCUGUGGAUCAAAAGCUCAGAUGGGACAGAUAUAUUGAACAUUGAGGAGUACCAGGCAUUUUCUUGCAUUGGUAUGAAGCCUAGCAGCCUUGUAACUGAAGCCACAAGGGACACUUGUGUCGUAAUAGUAAACAGCUUGGCUCUCGUUGAGAUAUUGAUGGAUGCGAAUCGAUGGGCAGAAAUGUUUCAGUGUUUGGUCGCUCGAGCCUCCACCAUUGAUAUGAUAUCCAACGGCAUGGAUGGGACCAGAAAUGGUGCUCUUCAACUGAUGUAUGCUGAGCUUCAAAUGCUAUCCCCUUUAGUCCCUGUCCGUCCGCUGAAGUUCCUCCGUUUUUGCAAGCAACAUGCAGAGGGUGUAUGGGCUGUGGUUGAUGUUUCCAUUGACAUCAAUCAAGAAGGUCCCAACACAAACCCGUUUGUGGACUGCCGGAGGCUUCCUUCCGGAUGCAUUGUACAAGAUAUGCCUAACAAUUGCUCCAAGGUAACAUGGAUUGAGCACACUGAAUAUGAUGAGAAUAUUGUCCACCACCUCUUCCGGGAAUCACUGCGUUCGGGUAUGGGCUUUGGUGCACAGAGAUGGCUUGCCACUCUGCAAAGGCAAUGUGAGAGCCUGGCAUUCCUCAUUUCGUCAGCCAACUCCAAUGAAGAUCUCUCAGGGAUAGAGGUCAGCGGUAAGAAAAGCAUGCUAAAGCUUGCACAGCGUAUGGUGGAUAACUUCUGUGCUGGGAUUUCUGCCUCGUCUGUGCGCAAGUGGGACAAACUUUGCUUUGAAAAUGUUAGUGAAGAUGUGAGGGUUAUGGCCCGGAAGAGUAUGAAUGACCCCGGCGAGCCACCAGGGAUUGUGUUGAGUGUCACAACAACUGUUUGGGUUCCGGUAUCAAGGCAUAGGGUGUUUGAGUUUUUGCGGGAUGAACAGUUUAGGAAGGACUGGGACAUUCUGUCCAGCGGUGUUCCAAUGCAACGCAUUGUCCAAAUUGGCAAGGGCCAAGGAGGUGCCAAUAGUGUUUCUCUUCUUCGUGCUAACGCGCCAGAUGCCAACAACAGUAACGUGCUGAUAUUGCAAGAGACGUGGACUGACCCUACAGGCUCACUUGUAGUGUAUGCACCGGUUGACACAGAAUCAAUAAAUGUCGUGAUGCGCGGUGGAGAUUCUGCCUAUGUAGCUCUUCUGCCAUCAGGGUUUGCAAUCCUUCCUGGUGGCCCGCCUGGCUACGGAGUGGUCAAAUCUGAAGGCAAUGGCUAUGGUGGCGGUGGCGGAUGCUUGCUGACUGUUGCAUUCCAAAUUCUGGUUAGCAGCCUUCCUACAGCCAAAAUCAACAUGGAGUCGGUUGAGACAGUUAGCACACUCAUAUCUUGCACCAUUCAGAAAAUAAAAUCGUCUCUUCUAGCAGCGUAAUGUUUUGAAGACCAUGCCCAUGCAUGCAUACCUGCUUAGCUUUUGUUUUUGCUUUAUGCGUUUUGGGAGAAAAUAUAUGAUAGAUGGGAAAACAUAGAAGAUUAGGAUGAUACACAGUGAAGGAACUCGAGAUUGAGACGUGUCGCGAACAGGGGUUUUGAGUCAAGAACGAACCGCUUUUGGAGAAUUUCUGUGUGGUAGAUUGCUUAAAUGGUUUUCUGGUGUGGUUUUGAACUUGGAAGAACAAAGAGUUCGUUGGUUCGGGUAUUGACUCUGUGGACCUGCAGGAAAAAGGGUAGCCUCGGCUCGGUCUGGUUGCGUUUUGUUAAUUAUUAUCGAUAUUUAGCAUACAGAAGUAUUAUGGCAUUGUUGGAAGAAACCUUUUUUUUUUUUUAUGCUAAUGGUUAUAUUUUGGAUUUUGGAUGUUUAA